AUGUCUCAAUCCGUCACAGAUAAUGGCCUUGGUGUCGCUACAAUAUUGACUUCUGCCCCUGAAACUGGUGAAGAUAAACAAGGGAGCCACAAAGAAACAUCUGCGCUGCCUCAGCAACAGCUGCUAUUCCAAGUACAAGAUGAAGAAGAUACUACCCAAUCUCGACCAAAAAAGUCGCUGUCCUUCAAACUGGCUUUCUCCGGACUCGCCCUCACUCUUCUUGUCUUUCAAAUGGACGCAACCUGCCUGAGCAUUGCGCUUCCAGCAAUUUCUGGAGAGCUCAAGGGCACGAGUCUGGAGUCUUUUUGGGCGAAUCUGAGCUACAGCCUUUGCGGCCUGGUGAUGCAGCCGGUUUGGGCGAGCAUUUCCCAAGCCUUUGGCCGAAAGUACCCGUUACAUGUAUCUGUGGCAUUGUUCUUCAUCGGCUCCAUCGUUUUCGCCAUUGCUCAGAACAUGAACACCGUUAUUGCCGGGCGAGUUCUCCAAGGCCUCGGCGGUGGAGGAAUCGAUGUUAUGGCGUCAGUCAUCCUAGCUGAUAUGACAUCCCUGGAGGAACGCUCAAAGUAUCUCGGCUUGAUGGCUAUCCCGUCCGCCAUUGGCAACAUCAUGGGCCCAUUUGUCGGCGCGCUCUUUUCUACCUACACCUCCUGGAGAUGGAUUGGAUGGAUUAACCUGCCGCUGCUGGGAGUCGGGAUCAUACUACUGUUCUUCUUCCUCAAGCUUCGAGCCGUCCCACUCGACGCCACGCUCAUCAACAAUUUGAAACGGCUUGAUUGGAUCGGCAUGCCCCUUGUCAUCGUCGGAAUCACCGUCUUCUGUAUACCGGUCAGCUGGGCAGGCUCUUUGUUCCCAUGGUCAUCUUGGCAGACCCUGUUCCCGUUGAUCUCGGGAGUCGCGAUGCUCGUGGUGUUUGCUUGGUAUGAGUCCAGGCCCGCGGCACCCAUCAUUCCCCACCGGCUCUUCCAAACAAAGACGGGAAACGUAGCCCUCGCAGGCGGUUUCGUCCAUGGCAUGAUUCUCAUCUCCUUGCUGCAGUACCUGCCGUUGUUUUACCAGGCUGUCCAGCUCAAGACGGCAAUCUCAUCGGCCAUCUAUCUGCUACCUACCAUCAUAGCUAGCGUCGUCGUCACGGCGGCCUCAAUGAUGAUGGUCCCGCUAUUUGGUGGAUACGUAUGGCUCCUUCGCCUUUCAUGGGUCAUCACCGCCCUGGGAACCGGCUUACUGGCUCUUUUUACGGUGGACUCCCCGACGUCGCUUCUGUAUGGGCUCCCGAUUCUGUGGGGGCAGGGUGUGUCGCUUCUUCGUCUGACCAUGCUUCCCGUUCAAGCGAGCGUCAAGAACGUAGACGACGAGGGCCUGGUGACGGCGAACUUUCUCACCAUUCGCAUGUUUGGAUCCCUCGUCGGCCUCGCCAUCUGCUCGCUGAUUUUUAAUACUGUCUUUUCGAAUUCCAUUUCGGGUGCGUCGUUAGAGCUAAAGGGGCCUCUGGCGCCACUGCGAGACGCCUCUAACGCUGUGAAUCUCAUCGGCGAGUUGAGGUCACUCGACGUCUCUGCCUCGACGCUCAAUCAGGUUUUGCAAGUAUACCUCGAAUCUUUCAAGGCCAUUUUUUACACGAUGGCUGGUCUGAGCGGGCUGGGCUUGGUGUCUUCAGUGUUUCUGGACGAGAUUGAAUUGAAGAGAAAAGACCGUGGGAAUCAGCGUUUUGAAGACAAUUAG